AUGAUCCUCGUUAUCUACCCACCUCUGGCCUGUUCUGCUGGCGCAACCGCAUCAUUUGUGGCACACUCACGUCUUGAUAGUCCCACCUUCAUCUUCACUCCCUACUGCCACCUCUGCAGGGUCUACAGGCAAUUAACCAGACGCGAGAAAGUUAAUCAUAGGCAGUGCUCUUCCACACUCUACCUCUGCUGCUAUCUCCUCAGUGUUAUCGCCUACUUCAUGUUCAACACGGAGCAUAAUCGACAACGUGCCUCGCUACGCCUUCUCCUUAUGUACAGUGUAAAUAAGCCCUUCUGCUCUCCCCUUUCCACGACCAUUGUCGCCGUGGUGGUUAAGGCAAGAACACCAACGUUGGCUUCAACGCCACCUCUCCCACCCCUUUGUGUUCCCCUUGUGGCGCAGCUAAGACACUGGCGGUGGUUCAUUAUCACUCUCAUAUUCUUCUACGGCCUGGCAAUACUUUUCUCUCCAGCACGUGCUGAUAGUGCUGGAUUGGCCCUGCGAGUCUCCCGUUAUCCCACCGGAUCGCGAAUUUUAGGACGAAGUCAAAGAAGCACACCUUACUAUGAACGCACGCUUGAGAUGGAUGUCGGAUUCCUAUGUCUUAUGGACGACGCUUCUGAAGUGGAGCCAAAGUGCUUCAUAGCGAUUAGUGAAAACGGAACAUUGGCGAUCACGGAAGAGCCUACUCGUGAACUAAAAGUCAACUUGAUUUCAAAGGCCCGAAAAGUGGAAGAAGAGGAGAGGGAGGUUGCGGAACCUCAAUAUGGAAUACUUUUUAGCGACGUGAAGAGGCGAUGGUUCCUGUGUCUUAAUGGCAGCAGCAUUGCCAGUAUGGAGAUCUGUCUCGAUGAGGCCCUCCCACAAGAGUGUUCAUGGACAGGAGUGAAGGAUGCCGUAGGAAUACGCAUUCGGCCACUGGUAUAUCCCGGAAAAAGAAUCCAAUUGGGUGAGCACACGACAUCUCUUCGCAACGUAGUUCUACGUUUCCAACGAUCUGUAAAUAAAAGGAUUUCUCAAGGCGAUGACUGCUCAGAAGUGCGAGAGAUUCUCCAGCCAGCUGCUAGAAAGGAUCUUUCUCUCGCCAAAUCCCUCCUCCGAAGUCUUCAUACAGCCCAAAAGAGACUUAAAUUGGCGCUUCUGAAACGAGGUGAGGUGUUCAAGGCAGUUCAUACAACCGUCCAAAUCAUCAACCGAAUGGUGCAAGUAAGACACGACAUGAAGAUGGCGCAGUGGAAUUACGAAGGCAUCACUGCAUCGGAUCAAAAGAGAUUCAUUGGAAUCUCUGGCUGCCGUUUCAAAGUCCCGGAAACUGUAGAGGAAGAAAUCGACGUUUACUCAGCCUUCAGAGAAAAGCAAAGAAUCCUAGCUUGGGAAGAGCAAAAAUUGGUAAGAAGUCUUUUUGAUAGGACCAAAAGGCUCUCAUUAUGGAGUGACGAAUCUCUAUUGAAGUACAAACAACAUCCAAGCCUUUCUCGAAUUCUUCAAGGACUCAAAGUUUUGCCAGUGAAUAUGACAGACAUGGAGACAAAUCUUUAUCUUGUUCCUCGCUACCUGUGGGAAAAAUACGCAUCUAAGGUCUCAAAAAACCCUAUAAACGUUCAAGAGCGAGCUAUUCUCUUAAAACUAGAGGAGCUGGUGGUGAGGCGACGUCAUAAAGACCUCCUCUUCCUCAGCAAAGCAGAAUGUAUAGAGAAUUUGAUGAAUCAGCUGCCGGGGAGAAGACGAAGUCUUGAUAUUUUGACCUCCAAUUCCUGUGGAAGUGAAAUCUGA